CCUGCUCGGUCAGUACCGGACAGAAGCAGCGGAGGCAGCAGUCAGGGACGGUCGUCCUCGCUCUGCUUCACUUCGCGUCCAGCGGCUUUUUCCAAAUGGCAACGACCGCGGACGACCAGCGGGAAACGGCGGACGUCGCUUCGUUGUCGACGCACCCCGGUCGUCACAACAGCAACAACAAUAACAACAACAACAAUAACAACAAAGACAGCGAGGCGGGGGACAGCGCGACCUCCGCCACGGCCACCGCUACCGAAUCCAGCGGGACGGCGCCGCAGAGCAUCGGUAACGGCUCGGUCAUCAACCCCAACGGCGGGAACAACGGGAAGUGGGUCCGGCUGAACGUUGGCGGCACGGUGUUCCUCACGACGCGGCAGACCCUCCUCAAGGAGCAAACUUCGUUCCUGUACCGGCUGUGCCAGCAGCAGGACCUGCACUCAGACACGGAUGAAACAGGAGCCUAUGUGAUCGACAGAGACCCCACCUACUUCGGCCCCAUCCUUAACUACUUACGGCAUGGCAAACUGGUCUACAACAAGGAGCUCGCUGAAGAAGGCGUCCUGGAGGAGGCUGAGUUUUACAACAUCACCCCACUGAUCAAACUUAUUAAGGAGAGGAUCGUAGAGAGGGACUCCAAAGCCACACAGCAGGUUCCCCCGAAGCAUGUUUACCGGGUGUUGCAGUGUCAGGAGGAGGAGCUCACCCAGAUGGUCUCCACGAUGUCGGACGGCUGGAAGUUUGAGCAGGUCAGCGUGCGCGCCUGCAGAAAGCCCCGCACCGGACUGCUCUGGACUAUGGUGAACAUCGGCUCAUCGUACAGCUAUGGAACAGAGGACCAGGCUGAAUUUCUCUGCGUCGUAUCCAAGGAGCUUCACACGCCCGGAUCUGGGCUCGGUACAGAACAGAGCCACAAGACAAAGCCGGCAGAGAUGCAAGAGGAGGAAGCAGCGAAGGAUGAGGAGGAGGAGGGAGGGAGAGAUACCACACCGAAUGAGUGGCUUAGAGAAUGAGGGAGUCAUGUUUCUUUGUUCCAAAGAGAGGCUGGAAUGGCUUUUCCAGAUCCACGGGUCCCGGAUGUAGAAAUGGCAAGAAUUUAUUUUUUCUAGGCUUGCGACAUUCUGUACAUGGUGUAUCUGUGUGUCGCGUCAAUGAACCGCAUCAGAAUUUGUAGCAUUGUAACCACGUCAUUGACAAAAUGCCAGUUAGCAUCACCAAACGACCAAAAACACCUAAAUAUCAGUCAGUCGCAGCAAUAUCAUCAAAAAUAUGUCAGUGAAACUAACGUUACACUGCUUGCACAGUUAUUAGGAAGACUGUAUUCUUCUGGGUUCAUUUUACUGUUGAAUGUUUUGAGUCAAUCUGAACCUGAAAACUUGGAACAUUUCACAGAAGACAAUUGAAUUUUGCCUUUCUCGGGGGAUUAUACAGUAUAAUAUAGUGUGCACAAUUAUUAGACAGAAAAACCCACUUUUUCCCAACUCACUUGUUAUAGAUUUUUAGAGUAAGUGGAACACAAAUGAAGACUAAAUAAUACUCAGUGACCAAAACAGCCUUUUUUUUCCUGCCAUGAGCUAAAGGCUCAGUUUCCUCAUCUGUUCACUAUCAACUUUUACUAAAGCAGCAACCACAGCCUCUCCAGGUCAAAUGUCUUCCUCCACUGUAAAUUUCACGCUUGAGAAGUGGCCACCUGGCCCCAGUUCAUUAUUCAGACGUGUUUGAGGAGAGCAGUACGUGGAGGCUUGUUGUUGAAGUGUUGUCCUGCGUAAACAUCAUCUUAAAUGCUGCAGAUGUCUUCCUGAAUCACUACUAGACACUAAAAACAGGUUUGGGAGUCCACUUUCAGUCCAUUUUCAACUCACAAACGUCCCACCAGCUCAUCCUUAAUGAGAGUAGCUUAUGCUGCGCCAGUAGCCCUCCUCCACCUUACAGAUGCCUGAGUUGAGCGGUGCCAUUAGUGAUGCAGCCACAGGUCAUCUAUCUGAGCCGUCACUCAUUACAUCUGUCCGUAAGUCCUUUGACAUGUCUGAUCUGUCAGGUUUUUCUUGGAAUCAUGUCUCCUCAACUUGUGAAUCCUAUUCAGUGGAGUCAUGUUCUAGCCUUCAUGUCCUCAGCCCAGGCACUGGAGAAUAAAGGCCACCAGGUAGUUUUCAUAUUUCUCAAGUCUCCAUGUGUUCUUUACAAAUAUUCACAACAAAAUGUUUCAAUGAUCGGUGGUCACGCCUCAAUAGAAGAGUUUUGUAUCAGUCAGAAUAGGGAUUACACUUUUUGUUUGUGUCAGUUAAAGGAUUUUUUAGUCCAUUUUACCCAAGUUAAUAAAGCUGCCUAAUAAUUAUGCACACUUUAAUAUAAGAUGUUAAUCACCUCAGGCCAACCUCAACACAUAUUACCUGAAAAGGAUUAAAUCCAACAAUCACUCAAGUUUAUUUGGUUUUGAGAUGGAAAAUGUGCUUAGAAAUAAUGACAAAUGCAAAAUACUUACUUGCCUGAUAUCUGUGCAUGCAGUGUUUUAGUAGGAAUAGUCAUGUGUUGGUGUGUGCAAACGUUAUAUUUGCCAAGGUUGGUAGUGGAGCUUAGUAAAUCAUGACCAAAGAUCCAUAUUGAAGCUGACUGAACCAAGGUGCUGAAACAUAACAUGGCAGAAAACAUUCAAAUCUGCCAAAAGCGACCUGACCUUGUGGUGGUUCCCCAGUGAGGAGCUGUCGCCGUGUCUCUAUGAUCUGACAGAUGGUGUGGAAGGAUCGUGUUGCAUCUGCGUUGUGCAGCAUUUGGGUCAUUACAUUUCCUAAUGUGGCAUUAAUCAGUUAACUCCUGUCAUCCUGGUGAUGGAUGAAACUGUUCCCCAAACCUUAGACCAUUCACCUGCUGUUUAAUCUUUUAUUUUGCACUUGCAACGGAAGCUAGCUCUUGAAAAACAACCACAGUGAUCCAACCAGCUGUUUACAGCAAAUAAUUCAAAUAUCUGUCAGUGUGAACGAGGGUCAUUGUUGGUUUGAGCGAAGGCUGGAACAGAUCUGGUGUUUAGAAAUGUGUUAAACCACUAAGUCAAGCCUUAAGUAGAGACGGCUUCACAUGUGAGUCAGUGCAGUUCCGGUUCUGAGUUACACUGUGUGUCUUGAGCUCGGUGUACUUGCUUUGGGGUUGAAUUACUUCUUGCUCCCAGUGAUUUGACUCCAUUGUAUUAAGAUCUCAUUGUCACUGAAGCAGGCAGCACAUGAACCACAAUGACAGAGAUGCACAAUGCUCUACAUUUCCUCCCUCACUGAAACCCUGCUGUUCGCUGAUACUCACCUGCAUCACCUUGUGUCGGUGCUCCCUCAGCAGCAGCAGCAGCGUCCUCUCAGUCUGUCUCCAUGGCUGGGGUCCAGAGCCUGCUUUGGCCUCAGCUGACAGAGACGGUGGUGUAAAACAGGAAAGGCUUAAAAAGGAGUCACCAAGGAGGAGGGGGAAGGAGGACGAAGGGAGAUCAAAAGGAGAGAGCAGGAGAGUCUGGAGUAUUUGCGUUUGGUAACAGCGUUUUUUCACAGCGUCCCCUAUCUCUGUUUUUGUUAAAACACAGAACAGCUCCCACUAUAAACUCACAGUAGACAGGAUUGCCGCAGUGCAGGUGUGUGACUGAAAAAAUUUAACAAGCACUGAGCCGGAUAACAACCUCUGUUGGUAACGUGUAAGAAUUGCACCACAGAUCAAAUUUUGAAUCCCUGCACAAGCAUGUGCCACAUUAAAUGACAUUUGUUAAUAUAAGGCUUAAUUUCUAGAUGUCACUCAGCAAAUACACAUCUCACAAGGUUUUGAAAGCACAUUUAAGCAUGUGGUAAAACUCUGGAGGUGUAUUUGUUGAAUGCUGGAGAAUAGUCAACUAUCAUGUUGUAGCUUAUUGGGAAAAGAAAAUACUUUGUAGAACGGACACUAACAUGGAAAUAGGGUUUGUCUUUGGCUCUGUUUUCAGUCCUUUCUUGGAGGCAUAAAAGACGACAGCAGCAGAGUGAAUAGUGAGUGAAUAGUGAGUAAAUAGUGCAGUCAUUGGGGUCUGUUACAGCUGCAGAUUGAUCAACAUUUGGUAGGAAACAUUCAUUUUAGAUUAUUUGUGUUUGAAGCUAACCUGCACUAAGCCUAGAAACUACAGUUGUUUGACUCUGCCCGCUGAGGUUAACACAACCCUGAGAGAUUAUUUCUUCCUCUGAGACGACUGUCAGCAGCUUCUGUCUGACCUCCUGCUGUUUAGCUCCUGACUUACCAGUGAGGAAGCACAGAUACACUCGGGCCGUUUCAUACAAGCAGCUGGGUUCAUAAUUUCAGACAAUCGAAUAUUACGAUCAUGGUUGGCGACUUUUUUUUUUACUUUUUGAUAAUUAAAUCUGAAAAAAGGCUACAAAUACAAUAUUGUGUGUAUGUGUGUGUCUAGUAUAGUUUCCCGUCCAGUUAUAGCAUUGAAUAGAAACAUUCGUAUUAGCAGUAAAUGUUAGAGCAGUUAAACUAGAGUUACUCAACAUGCAUAUGAUAAUCAGAACAGCGAUAUUAGCAGAAAGACUGAAAGAGACGCAUUUACUGUUCUGUUCCUUUAUUCGUGGCUCUUCUAACUCGGAUUAUUCAGUGCCUUGAGUUCAAGCAGCAAAACCGACGCGUCAAAAAGACCAACGUGUCAAAAAACGAUCAUAGGUGGUUGUUAUUACAUGCAUUUUUAAAACAGAUGUUUUAGUAUUUUAGUCAAAGAAUGGAUAGUUUACAAUUGAGAGUUUCUUCCAGUGCAUUUGCUCUGAGAAGGUGUUUGAGUAGAUAUAAAGAGAGUAAAUGUACACAACAAGCAGCUCGCAUGUAGAAGGUGAAGCUGUUUCCUGUUUGUGGAAGGUUUAUGCUUUUUUGUAUAAAAUUGAACACAUUUUUAAAGCGUUUUUUCUAAGUUCUGUCGUCUAAUUUAUUCUCUGUCUAUGCCUGUUGUGCUGUAAGAAUUUGUUCUGGGGUUUUGUUUUGUCUUUUUUUUAGUUGGGGAGGGUGGAUUUUGCUUUUUUCUACUUGAACACUAGCUUUUAUGUUUGAUUAGCCUGAAAUUUUAAACAGUCUAUAUAAAUAUAAACACCAGCUUUACCAAUUUUGCUAGUUUUUAGUCAUCAUUCCCAAACUGUAAAUGCUACAGGCGUUGCCCUGAGAAUACAGUUUAGUGUUUUCCUCUGAAAUAUGUAAACCUCCAUCUGCAUGUCCAAGUUGUUUGGUUUGCUGGAUCCACACUUAUUUUUAAAAUUUGUACACUAUUUGUUGAAUGGUUUCUGCUGUACGAUGGAGUGUUUUCACAUAGUAUUUGAUGUGUAAAAGUCUCCGUAGCAGUGCUCUCUCAUUAUUCUGUGCAAAAAAAACAAACGUCUGUCAGACAAAUAUGAUAGGAAAUAUUUCUCUCUGAUGCUGGAGUUUCUCUCAUCUGCUGUUCAUCGAGCCUCAGUGUACUCUGUAAACACACAACAAAACAAUAUGACACAUUGAAUUGUAACGCCUCAGACGAACCUGUACAGGUUUCAACAAACGCUGUGUGUAUUUCAUCAGGGCCUGAGCAACAUACAACAUCUUCAACAAAGUGACAGGGAGUUAAUUCUCUUUUUUAAUUUACUGUAAAUGAAUGUCACCGUUGUCAACAAAAAUAAAACUUUGUCCUUUGUUUUAA